CAUGUAUGUCCUCAGGUUGAUGUUCUGUUGAGGGAUACAUGUGGUAAGGUUUACAUGUAUGUCCUUCAGGUUGAUGUUCUGUUGAGAGAUACAUGUGGUAAGGUUUACAUGUUGGUCCUUCAGGUUGAUGUUCUGUUGAGAGAUACAUGUGGUAAGGUUUACAUGUAUUUCCUUCAGGUUGAUGUUCUGUUGAGAGAUACAUGUGGUAAGGUUUACAUGUUGGUCCUUCAGGUUGAUGUUCUGUUGAGGGAUACAUGUGGUAAGGUUUACAUGUUGGUCCUUCAGGUUGAUGUUCUGUUGAGAGAUACAUGUGGUAAGGUUUACAUGUAUGUCCUUCAGGUUGAUGUUCUGUUGAGAGAUACAUGUGGUAAGGUUUACAUGUUGGUCCUUCAGGUUGAUGUUCUGUUGAGGGAUACGUGUGGUAAGGUUUACAUGUUGGUCCUUCAGGUUGAUGUUCUGUUGAGGGAUACGUGUGGUAAGGUUUACAUGUUGGUCCUUCAGGUUGAUGUUCUGUUGAGGGAUACGUGUGGUAAGGUUUACAUGUAUGUCCUUCAGGUUGAUGUUCUGUUGAGGGAUACAUGUGGUAAGGUUUACAUGUUGGUCCUUCAGGUUGAUGUUCUGUUGAGGGAUACGUGUGGUAAGGUUUACAUGUUGGUCCUUCAGGUUGAUGUUCUGUUGAGAGAUACAUGUGGUAAGGUUUACAUGUUGGUCCUUCAGGUUGAUGUUCUGUUGAGGGAUACAUGUGGUAAGGUUUACAUGUUGGUCCUUCAGGUUGAUGUUCUGUUGAGGGAUACAUGUGGUAAGGUUUACAUGUUGGUCCUUCAGGUUGAUGUUCUGUUGAGGGAUACAUGUGGUAAGGUUUACAUGUUGGUCCUUCAGGUUGAUGUUCUGUUGAGGGAUACGUGUGGUAAGGUUUACAUGUUGGUCCUUCAGGUUGAUGUUCUGUUGAGGGAUACGUGUGGUAAGGUUUACAUGUAUGUCCUUCAGGUUGAUGUUCUGUUGAGGGAUACAUGUGGUAAGGUUUACAUGUUGGUCCUUCAGGUUGAUGUUCUGUUGAGGGAUACAUGUGGUAAGGUUUACAUGUUGGUCCCUCAGGUUGAUGUUCUGUUGAGGGAUACAUGUGGUAAGGUUUACAUGUUGGUCCUUCAGGUUGAUGUUCUGUUGAGGGAUACAUGUGGUAAGGUUUACAUGUAUGUCCUUCAGGUUGAUGUUCUGUUGAGGGAUACGUGUGGUAAGGUUUACAUGUUGGUCCUUCAGGUUGAUGUUCUGUUGAGGGAUACGUGUGGUAAGGUUUACAUGUUGGUCCUUCAGGUUGAUGUUCUGUUGAGGGAUACGUGUGGUAAGGUUUACAUGUUGGUCCUUCAGGUUGAUGUUCUGUUGAGGGAUACAUGUGGUAAGGUUUACAUGUAUGUCCUUCAGGUUGAUGUUCUGUUGAGAGAUACAUGUGGUAAGGUUUACAUGUUGGUCCUUCAGGUUGAUGUUCUGUUGAGAGAUACAUGUGGUUAGGUUUACAUGUUGGUCCUUCAGGUUGAUGUUCCCUUGAGGGAUACGUGUGGUAAGGUUUACAUGUUGGUCCUUCAGGUUGAUGUUCCCUUGAGGGAUACGUGUGGUAAGGUUUACAUGUUGGUCCUUCAGGUUGAUGUUCCCUUGAGGGAUACGUGUGGUAAGGUUUACAUGUUUGUCCUUUAAAUUGAUGUAAUAAAAAGAGGACAGUACACAUGAAGUGGUUCUGUUCAAAAUCACCCUUGCUGAUGCAGAGUGAAUUUUAGGCCAACACAGGGACUGCGGGUGAUGUAGAGUGAUUGCACUCUGAUCAUUUAUGACCUUGUCUUAUACAUUUGAUUGCAUGCACAUAAAUAUAUUUUAGAUAUGUUAGAGUGAAUCAUCCACAAUCAACAGCAUUUAUCAUGAAAAAUCACGAUCAAGAUGAAUUUUUAACUACAUCACUUUGUGCACUGAGUGUUCCAUAUCACUGGCUUGAUUUAUUAACCUUCUGGAAAGUUACAUUAUUAAAGAGAAAGCUGAAUGAAAAAGUCAUGGAGGUCAUGGAUUUUACCUUCAGAUGAGAGGUCAUGGAUCUUACCUGGACAAAUCAAAUUGAUCAAAUUUGUGCUAGCAUUUCAUCAAGAAUAUACCUUUUUUCUAAAUCAAAGAAAUUUUUAGAUAUUAAUGCCAGAAAAGCAUAUUCAUAUUUUUUCUAUACCACCAGUGAUCACGAAUGAGCUAUUUAAUGAGUUAACAAAACUUGAUAUAAACAAAGCAUCUGGUAUGGAUAAUAUUGGACCAAAAAUCCUAAGAUUAAGUGCCCCUUUUAUUGCAUCACCUCUCACAUACAUAUUUAACCGAAUGAUAGAUACUGGCAUAUAUCCUUCUUUACUGAAGAAUGCUAAGGUAACACCAGUUUUCAAGGAUGGUGACAAGCUUUUAGCAACAAAUUACAGACCUAUAUCUGUUCUUCCAACUUUAUCAAAAUUAAUAGAAAGACAAGUUUCUAAUAAUAUGUACAAAUACUUAUCUAAACUUAAACUUUUACACCCUACACAAUCUGGUUUCAGGCCGCAGCAUUCUUGUCAAACUGCACUUAUUAAUAUCAUUGACAAAUGGUUGCAAGAAAUGAAUGAUGGUAAUUAAAACCUAGCAAUUUUAUUAGAUUUUAAAAAAGCUUUUGAUUUGGUAGAUCAUGACAUUCUUUGUUUAAAGCUUGAAAUUUAUGGAUUUAGUGAGGCUACUGUUAGUUUUUUUCAAGUCAUACCUGAAUAACAGAAAACAGUAGGUAAACAUUUGUAAUGUUUAUUCUGAACAACAACAUGUAAAAUUUGGUGUCCCCCAAGGUUCUAUACUUGGUCCUCUAUUGUUUGUGCUAUUUAUAAACGAUUUUCCCUUAUGCAUUGAAAAUUGUGAAACAGACCUAUAUGCUGAUGACACCACUCUUCAUAAAUCAGAGAAAAACAUAGAAAAUAUACAUGAUGAUGUUCAAGAAGAUUUAUACAGGGUUGAAGAGUGGUGCAAAAUGAAUAACAUGUUCAUUAAUGCAAAUAAAACAAAAUGUUUGGUUACUGGAACAAAGCAGAAACUAUCAAUUCAGACUUAUCAACCAAACUUGAUAAUAUAUUCAAAAGUAUUACAAAAUUCUUCAUGUGAAAAAUUAUCAGGUGUUAAAAUUGACAGCACACUUAACUGGAGAAAUCAAAUUGACCAAGUUUGUGCUAACAUAUCAUCCAGAAUAUACCUUCUUUCUAAAAUAAAGAAAUUUUUAGAUAUAAAUGCACGGAAAACAUAUUACAAUGGGUAUAUUCUGCCCCUAAUUGACUACUGCUGUAUUAUUUGGGGUGAAUGUAACUAGAGGCUCUCAAGAGCCUGUGUCGCUCACCUGUAUUUACUGAUGCUUUGGAAAUCAUGUAAAAUAAGGUUAAAAUCAUAAUUAAUAGUAUUAGAUAUUAGAUAUUAUAAUGAUAUCUAAGAUAAUAACAAAAAACUGCAAAAUUUUUGUAAAAUUACUAACUCAGGGGAAGCAACCCAACACCGGGUUGUCGGAUUCGUAUGAAAAUUUCAGGGCAGAUAAAUCUAAAUCUGAUGAACAUUUUUGCCACCUGUCAGAUUUACUCUAAAUGCUUUGGUUUCAGAGAUAUAAGCCAAAAUCUACAUUUUACCCCUAUGUUCUAUUUUUAGCCAUCUUGGUUGGUUGGCGGGGUCAUCGGACACAUUUUUUAAACUAGAUACCCUAAUAAUGAUUGUGGCCAAGUUUGGUUAAAUUUGGUCCAGUGGUUUCAGAGGAGAAGAUUUUUGUAAAAAGCUAACGACGACGGACGACGACAACGGACGACGGACGCCAAGUGAUGAGAAAAGCUCACUUGGCCCUUCGGGCCAGGUGAGCUAAAAAUGAAGGGAUAACAAGAAUUUUAAAACUCCAAAAAAGGGCAGCAAGAUUAAUUCUAGAUGCAGAUCCUUUAAUGGGACCUUUAUCCCCCUCAGCCCCCUUAUUUAAAAAACUUGGGUGGAUGACAGUUGACAAUAGAAUAAAAUACCACAAAUAUUUACUUCUAUAUAAAUGUAUGCGUAUGGAACCACCAAUGUACCUAGUUCAAAAGUUUAAACUGAAAUCAGAUAAUAAUCCUUACUCCUUGAGAGGUGUCACUCAAGGUAAUCUGAUAGUUCCUAAGCCAAAAGCUGAGCUAUUUAAGAAAUCUUUUGUUUAUUCUGGAUCAGUGUUAUGGAAUGGACUACCACACAAAAUGCGUAAAGCUCAAAACACUUAUAAUUUUAAACAAAGUAUCAAGAAGUACUUAACACAGUCCUGAUAACAUGGAUAAGAUUAUGUUUUCUACAAUGUAUUUGUAUAUUUUUUUUUUUUUUUUUUUUAUUUGAUUUUUUGACUACAUAUAUAUCAUGUACAUCUUGAACAGCUUUAUAUCUUAUCAUGUUAACAAUAUUACAUUGAACUACUUGACUGUAAAUUAACUAUGUGUAAAUAUCUGUUUUUGAUUGUAUUGUAAUUUGUAUGUGAGGGCCUCAGGUAAGAUUAGUUUAUUGUAACUAACUGAGUUUACCCUCUUUAAAUAAAGAAUUUAUUAUUAUUAUUAUUAUUAUAUUAUAAUGGGUAUAUUCUGCCGCUCAUCAAUUACUGCUGUAUUGUUUGGGGAGAAUAUAAAAAUGAAGUUAUAAUAAAAAUAUUGAAACUUCAAAAAAGAGCAGCAUGAUUAAUUCUUGAUGCAGACCCUUUAUCCCCAUCAGCCCCCUUAUUUAAAGAACUUGGAUGGAUGACAGUAGAAAAUAGAAUCAAAUACCACAAAUAUUUACUGCUAUAUAAAUGUAUGCGGAAAGAAGCACCACAGUACCUACUUCAAAAGUUUCAACUUAUAUCUGUUAAUAAUCCUUAUGCUUUAAGGGGUGUUACUCAAGGUAAUUUGAUAGUUACUAAGCCAAAAACUGAACUGUUUAAAAAAUCUUUUGCUUAUUCUGGAUCAGUUUUAUGGAACGGACUACCAUAUGAAAUGCGUAAAGUGCAAAACAAUUUUUGUUUUAAACAAAUUAUAAAACGAUACUUGAGGCAGUCCCAAUAUUCAGUCUUGAAAUGAUUGCAACUAUUACUUUUUUAGAAUGUAUGAUUUUGAUUUGUAUAUAAUAUCUAUUUACUACAUGCACUCUGUAACUGUUUUAUAUGUUCUAAUGGUACAUGUACACUGAACAAUCAUGAUUAAAUGAUUAUGAACUGACUAUGUGUUAAUAUGUUGUAUGUUUGCUUAUUUUCUCUUAUUAUUAUUUUUUUACUUGUAUUGUAUAUGAGGGCCUCAGGGAAGAUUAGUAAUUGUAACUAACUGUGUUUACCCUCUUUACAUAAAGAAUUUAUUAUUAUUAUCAUUAUUAUUAUUUUUACCUUCAGAUGAGAGGUCAUGCAUGGAUCUUACCUUCAGAUGAGAGGCAAUAGAUCUUACUUUCAGAUGAGAGGCCAUGGAUCUUACCUUCAGAUUAGAGGUCAUGCAUGGAUCUUACCUUCAGAUGAGAGGCCAUGGAUCUUAUCUUCAGAUUAGAGGUCAUGCAUGGAUCUUACCUUCAGAUGAGGCCAUGGAUCUUAUCUUCAGAUGAGAGGUCAUGCAUGGAUCUUACCUUCAGAUGAGAUGCCAUAGAUCUUACCUUCAGAUGAGAGGUCAUGCAUAUAGAUCUUACUUUCAGAUCAGAUGUCAUGGAUCUUACCUUCAGAUGAAAGGACAUGGAUCUUACUUUCAGAUGAGAGGUCAUGGAUCUUACUUUCAGAUGAGAGGUCAUGCAUGGAUCUUACCUUCAGA